AUGGAGAUCCAGAUCCAACCCGACGGCCGCUUGACCAAGGAACAGCGGGCCGAGAUUACCAAAGGGUUUGAAUUCAUGGGCUUGAUGGCUGAGGGUGGUCGGGCACGAAAGCGCAAAGGCUUACCGCUCAUCGUGCCGAAAGGGGAGGUUCCGAGGCUGCUGCGGGGAUGCGGCAGAGCGCUUAGCAAUCAGGAGCUGCGAGAGCUGCUGCCGGAGGUCCCAGACGAGGGGAUCCAGCUCGAAGGCUUCCUGAGACUCUACGAGAAGGCUGCUGAGUUGCCGUUGCUGAACGAGUACCAGCUAUGCGAGGCUCUCCAGGCGCUGGAUCUCACGAGGAGGGGGACCUUGGACCCCAAGGGCCUCAAGGACAUCAUGCACUCCUUUGGUGACAGGCUGACUCCUUCGGAGGUUGACCAAAUCUUGGAGGGCCUGCCUCGGGAUGGGUUGGGCCGAGUCAGCUGCCGACUCAUCGCGCGGAAGCUGAUCAAGGGCCCCGACGACAUUCCACACCUUUAG